AUUCAUUACAUAAUCAGGAUAACUCGGAUAACUUACAAGAGCUACACUAGUAUGCGCUUACAUAAAUGAGUUAAUGUUUGUUUAAGAAGGUUUGUCUUCAUGCUAACUGUUAGCUACCGCGCCGCUAGCUUACCAGUACUGGAAUCUGAGUACAGGCCCGCUGUAGAGGGUCGACUUGGCAGAUUUGCCGGCCACCUCCUGUUUCAUGUCCACUGACAAGCCGGGAGCGUUGACCUGCUGCGGAUUCGACCUUCCGACGUAAACGUCCCGGAGUGUCAGAGCCGUGAAGAGCAGCAAAGCCCCGACGAGCCCUGCCUGGCUGUACUCCGCCAUCUUGUAUGGCUAUGUUCCAGUUCCGCCUCUAUGCGACGCGGCUUGUCUGCUGAGAAGUGACUGCUGGACGGAGGAGCUAAGGGACGAGAACCCAUAACAGACUGUUUUGUUACCCUCAGAAGCAGUACCAUGUUUUAAUCAAUAUCAUGUUUUAAGAGCAGGUGGUGCCAUCAUGCUGGCUCUGGAGGGGGUUCGCCUCCUACGGCUUCCCGCCAGAACUGCCUGUGGCGCUGCAUUCCUCAGGAAGUCUCUGCCGCCUUCCACUCACUCCGACGGCUCAGCGCGACGCCAACUUUCCUCUGGGGAUGCUGCUUCCGGAUGGUACCAUCAGGUAUCUCACUCGGCCCCUGUUCACCUGGCUGAAGACUUCCUGGUCCACAUGCAGCAGGCCAGCGGUCUGCCGUGGUGGAUCAGCAUCGCUGUCAGCACGCUGUCCAUCAGGACGCUCGUCACGCUGCCGCUCGCCGCCUACCAGCUUCUCAUUAUCGGCAAGGUGGAGGCACUUCAGGUGGAGAUCGCUGAGCUGGCCAAGAGGCUUCGAUACGAAGUGUCCGUGCGAGCGAAGGAAAGAGGCUGGACGGAAAAACAGAGUCGGUUCCAGUUCCGGAAGAAUCUGCGCCGUUUGGUGUCCCAGCUGUACAUCCGGGACAACUGUCACCCGUUCAAAGCCAGCCUGCUGGUCUGGGUCCAGCUGCCCCUGUGGAUCAGCCUGUCCCUGGCACUCCGGAACCUGAGCCUGGAAGAAUCGGCGGUGCGGCCUGAUCUGAUGACGGGGGGCGCUCUGUGGUUUGCCGACCUCACAUCACCUGACUCCACCUGGCUCCUCCCAAUUUCUCUGGGCCUGACCAACCUGCUCAUUGUGGAGAUCUUUUCCCUCCAGAGGUCCAACACCUCUUCUCUUCAGAAGUUUGUGACCAACGCCAUGCGAGGCUUCUCCUUGCUCAUGAUUCCCAUCGCCACCACCGUUCCCUCUUCCAUGGCACUCUACUGGUUCUCCUCCAGCCUGGUGGGACUUUGUCACAAUCUACUCCUUCGUUCCCCUGCCCUCCACAGGCUCCUCAAAGUUCCCACGCAACGCUCCGACACGCCAUACAAGGACCUACUGGCUGCUUUUGUCAGAAAAUAUUGCAAGUAAACAGGAAGUCCAACAAUGCGUGCUAUUGGACUCAAGAGGAUUUGUUGACCCGAGCCAGAACUUCAUUUCCUGUCAACUGCAUCUCUUCCAACAGCAGACAAUAAAAGUCAAGUUUGACCUACACACAUUUCCUGUUUUC